AUGAAGAGUCUUAUCGGAUCAAAGAACUUCAUGUGCAGCCAGCACAAAGCGAAACGAACCCAUAGUGACGAUGCAAGCCUCAGCUUGAGCAGCUGGGCCGGUCUUGACGUGUCGCCGGAUCAUCAAAAGUCAGCGGAUCGCAUUGUUCACAGUCGUUCCAAUUCCGCCAACAAACGAUCGCAUCGAAAACCUGAACCAGUGGAAAGCAAUGACAAUGCUAGCAUUAGCCCCAGCAUCAGCAGUUGGGGUUGCAUUGACACGGACCGAGCUGGCGGCGAGCGCCUCCAUUCGAGUGAUAGUAACAUUGACUACUACACCCAUUGCGACACGCAUCCCUCCUCUUUCGAUAUCAGUACCAAGCAGGUCGACAACGGCUGGAGCAAACCAAUACAUUCCAGAGACAGCAGCUGGGGCAACAUGGACGUCGAGUUCAUGGGCAACAUUGCCGAACAGCGAGAACGGGUAGCCCGGGGCUUGCUGGAACAACAUCGAAGCAGGAAAAUGAAGACCCCCAUUGGAGGGACGGAAACGAAGAGGAAGCCUCCUCUGCGUUCUUCUUCCAAAACGCAAACGACCCUAUUAUCCAAGCCGCCUCGAUGGACCCAAGGAGGAGGAGUGACAGUCUCCAAACGGAAUAAACGGCAAGGUGAAGGUAGUAGGAUCAACGCACGCUCCUUUGUUGUUGGACGUAAUACGGCGCACUGA